AAAGAAAGAAAGAGAGGAGGCCGUGUGAGACAAACCGACCUUGCCUGCCUCCAAAAUUCACUUAUCAGUUCCCACUCUCUGAUAAAGGAGCAAGCAAGAAGACACAGUAAGCAUGAGAAAGAGAAAGAGAAAGAUGGCAUCUGACAUAGGAUGCUGUAGUAGCAAGUUCAUGUCGUAUGUGGUGAUAAUAAUAAUAAUAAUAAUAAUAAUAGGAUAGGUGGCUUUAAUUUGGUGGCCUCAUGGCUGGCUUAACUCUUGCUCUCAUGUCCCUGGGCCUUGUCGACCUUCAAGUCCUCAUCAAGUUUGGCCUUCCUCAAGAUGACAUCCGCGCCGGUACUCUCCCUCGUAUUAGUGUUUGGAGAGAUAUUGGCACAAGCAGUUUGUACUCGUUUUGGCUUGACUGUUGGAGCAGCAAUGGCGCCUCUUGUCCGUGUUCUUCUUUUGCUGUUCUUUCCAAUUUCUUAUCCAGUUAGUAAGGUUGAUUUGGCUCAAUUUGGCAUGGAUUUGAGGAACCAAAUAUUGCCAUUGUUGGCUGUAUUCGAAGCAAGAACUUCUUCUGUCUAAAAGUUUUAAAACUAAUAGAAGGUGCUGCUGAAAUCAUAAAAUGGCCCCAGACAGCAUUUGAACCGUAAAUAAAUAAAAUGUAAAACCAAGCAAAUGAAUUGUUUGCUGGUUGAAUUCAUCUGGGGUGUGUUUUAACACUUCACAACUGUCAUAACAUUAAGAUAUAUUCAACAAUCAUAACCUUUCAGCUGCAUUUUGGACAUUGAGAAGGCUCCUAUUCCAGAGUUCCCAUCAAAUGAAGAAGUUGUUGGUGUAAUUACAAUGGAGGAUGUCAUCAAAGAACUUCUUCAGGCACAGAUGCAAUUACUAUUUGAUGUCAUAUUAUGGCCAGACUAGUACUGUGAUCAAACUUCAGGGGAUUUUGGACCAUGUCAGGCCAUGUUCACGGAUCCUUGUACAGAUCUUCCUUAUAUUGAUGAGAUGAUAGUGAUUCUCACAGUGGAAUUUCAUCUCCUAUGACAAGCAAUACUUCCAGACUCUACUGAACAAUGCAGAGACUACGUCCAUAAGCAAAAUUUGAGACUGUUGCAUAUAGUUGUACUUUCAAUAUCUGAGACAAGUAACUGAAACUGCUUAUAUGAUAUUAUCAUUCCCCAGGAAGCUGAGGCUGCUAAAUAGGUCUUCAACUUUAUCAUGCCAAUCUCAAUCUGCAAACGUUUUCUUGUGUCAGGAGGGGAUAUUGGGUGAAACUAAGGAGCAUGUCAAUAUUCACAACAGGUGAAGCGAUCGAGUUUCUCUCCUUUUAUUUGCUUCCGUUGCAUCCAUAUAUGAAAUCUGCGAAGUAAUGGAAUUUCUCUGUGACAGGACGAAGGCUCUAUAUCUCAUUUUAGAUCGGUUUAUAAAAGAUGAAAUGGAACACCUUUGGCAUCAUCCAUUUUGUUUCGAGCAAAUUGAAGGAAUGUCUAGAUUUCUUGAUUCACUGCACUAUCCUUUAGUCACGAUUGAGUCAUCAACCAAGCAGCAAUAUCCCACAUGAAAUCCAAAGAUGACUACUCUUUACGUUUUCGGGAUGCAGGAUCAAGAUCAAUAUGCAUGCGUCUCAAAACAAGGCUCCCCUGUCAACUGCAGAGCCCUCCGCCAACGACGCCUCUGUCACAGGCACCGCAUCCCCAACAUCUCUGUUGUCCACGGGUCCAACACCAACCCUUUCCAUCUCGAGUGGCGCUUCCUUAACCAGCUCACCAACCACGACCAACUAGAGAUUUGUAGUUGUCUUCGUUGAUAUAUUAACAUCAGAACAUAGAUCAAUCAAGAUCCAAGGAUAUAUUCAGGGAUCAACUACCUACCUUGGAAGACAUCAGAGGUCGACCUGCUGUAGUAACCACAAAGAUACAUGUGCACAGCUGCUCCUUGUUCCAUGAGCUUUAUUGCAUUACAGGAUUCUUGUGCUCGAGAUCAGAAAGUAAUGUAAGAAACAUCUACCAAAACAUUGUCUCUAGUUUUCGAAGAA